AUGGCAGGAGGAGAUGGGCAGCCUGUCUUCCCAACGACACCAGUCAUUCCAUUCAACUUGACCUUCAUGAGAGCCUCCGUCUCCCAGGAUAGUCUGGACCAGUUCGACCUCUCGCGCGAAAGCCUUGAGCUUCAGGCCUUGCCAGAUCAUAUCGACUACCGAUAUUCCACCAUGUCCCAGGAGACCACCAACCGGUCGCCAGCGAUGCCACAUCAGCCCCUUUGGGGAAGAGAUCAAGGAACAGAACAACACAGACGAGUCAAAGUCGACGGGUAUUCAACCCAUUCUACAACGCUCCGACCCACGGAACCCCAAGCUUCAUCAAGUAAAGGAAGCACGUGCAGCUCAGAUGGAAGCCAUCGUAGCGUGUUUCUUGUCGUUGCCGCGGAACAUGUGCUGUCGAGACCUGUUAUCGCGGCCUUUCCCGAAACAGGUUGCAAGGUCGACGUGUUCUCCGUCAAGAGCACCAAGCACGGCGCCUGA